CUCUCUCUCUCUGCUCGUUGAUCGAUUCGUUCGGUCUGAUGAACCCGGAAGUGUGUGUGUGUGUUUCUGUGUCGCUCUUCUCGCUGAAACGUUCGAUUCCCGGUGAAACACGUGAACAUGUCUGAAGCGGUGAACGGGUCGGAGACUGUUUCUCUCCACAAUUUCUCGGAGAAGAUUCUGGAGCAGCUCGUUCACUUCCACGUGAUGAAGCUCAGCGGAGGGUUUUUCCUGUGGGUCGGUUCUGCUCCGGUUCUGUCCAACAUGGCGAUGUCGAUGAGCAGCAAGUUUGACUCGAUGCCUUUAUCCACGUUAGUCAUGGGGGACCCGUCGAACACUGCUCCAACUUCUCUGUCACUGAGAUUAGCGAAAAGAACCAACAAGCAAGUUUUUGUGAGUUACAGUCUUCCAAUGACGGACUCCAACCUCAGUCUGUUGGUGGAGAACAGGAUCAAAAAGGAGCUGGAGCUUCACCCUGAACAUUUCUGAUCCUUCACGGAACUUCUUUUAUACGAAACUGACGAUAUUCAGGAUGGAAAGAAAACACGGCAGGUCCGACUCAAUCCGAAACUAUAAUUCUGCUCCAAAACAAGAACCACACACAGUCACACCAUGUGUUCUUUUAUUGACAUAAUAAAUUAAGUGGUUCAUUAUCAAAACAUUUAGGCCUAUGGCUUUUUGUACAAAUGCAUCAUAUUAAAAAAAUAACACUUAGAAAA